CCCGAGCCAACAUGAAUUGAUCUUCGGAAUCCAUAGAUAGAUGUUGGAAGAACGACGCCAACCCCUUCUCACAGACAUACCACCACCAGCUCUAAAAGCAGAGAAGCAAUGGCAUCAAUCCUUACAAUUACAGCGGGAGUUGCCGCCGCAGCAUUUCUAGUAAGUAUCUCUCCUCUACCAUCCACAACCUAUGAAAUAAAUAAAUAAAUUCUCAAUUCUGACCUCACUAGGGCCGCGCCGGUCUCGUAGCAUUUCGCAAAUCACGAGGAGAAGCCGUCGGAGCACUUGGGAAAGCUUUUUACAAGGGUGGAUUUGAACCGAAGAUGAAUCGCAGAGAAGCUGCACUCAUUUUACAACUUAGGUAUGUUGAAUCUAUCCCACCCUACCCUCUAGUACCUCUCAAACUAAUCGGGGUUUUUUGGCUCAAAGCGAACGACAACUUACCAAAGAGCGCAUAAGAAAGAAUCAUCGUACUCUGAUGAUGUUGAACCAUCCUGAUCGAGGGGGCUCACCAUAUCUAGCUACCAAAGUGAACGAAGCGAAGGAAUUUUUGGAGAAAAAUGGUUGAUCUUGCUGAUUACCGCACACAGUUUCCGGGGGUUUGGAUAGAUUUACCUUGGGUCAGAUGGACGAUUUGCUAUUUUUCGACUUCCAUAUACUUCAAUUAUUCGCAGGCUUUCGAUUUUUGCCCCUACUACACAGACCGUGUUCCUCUCGAUUCGUGCGCACUUCCCUGCGAUUUGGUGCGAUUCGAUUUUGUUCCGAUCGGGUUUCUCACUAUUACGAUUACUCU